AUGAAUACCGGAGCCGAUCAUGAGAAAGACUUGGCAUUCAUGGAAUACGCCAGAAUGCCACCAAUGGGACCGCUAAAACAGCCCUGGGAAACCCCACCAGAUCGCCCGCGAGGCCCGGCUAGUCUUGUCCAACCAGGUACGACGGCGAGCGCCGAGCCGCCCCAGCUGCUGUUACCGCCGCCGUCGCCCGCAUUAUGGGCGGCAACAUCCUCGUGUUCUACCUCCGCCAUUGUCGGCGCCUGUCGUCGUCGUCUUUGGACAGGGCACCACGAGGAACAUCAGGUUCAGCCUCUCAAGAGCAUCCUGCUGUCCUCUGUGCUUUCUUAUACCGCCUUUUUGCAGCAUACCGUACCGAGCCCGCAAGGCCAACCAUAUUUGCAGCCUGCCGAAGGUCGGGUUUGGGUCAUCAUGGAUUCACCCAAGCCAGCGGUGGAUCUGGAAACGGAAUUAACUUGUGCGAUUUGCACCGACCUUCUCUACCAACCAUUAACUCUACUCGACUGCCUGCACACAUUUUGCGGCGCAUGUCUGAAGGAUUGGUUCGGAUGGCAGGCGGCGGCGGCUGAGAGUGCACCUACCCCUCCGGCCCCCGACUCUCCAGUCUUUACCUGCCCAUCAUGCCGUGCCCCUGUUCGAGAUACGAAGCACGAUGCCAAGGUCGCCACCUUGCUCGACAUGUUCCUCUCCGUCAACCCGACAAAGGCGAAGCCUGAGAACGAGAUGGCAGAGAUGAACAGGAAAUAUAAGCGCGGCGACAAGGUCCUGCGUCGCCUCAAGAUACCGCACAGGACGCCCGAGCAGCUCCGUCUCGAUGAACAGGAGAGGCGCUUGAUCGAGGAGGUGCGCGCCGUGAGUUUACAGGAAGCUUUCAACGCGGCCGAGGCCCAGCAGCAGCAGCAGCAGCAGCAGCAGUCGUCGUCGAGGUCGAGGAGGAGGACUGACGAGGCAUCCUCAGUAAAUACUAACGGGGCUGGGAGGGAGCCUCGUUCAUCCAGAGCUUCGGCUGUUGCUACGGCCAGGAGUAGAGAACCUAGCACAGAUAGCGGUCAUAGUGCCGCCAGUCGCGCUAGGGACGCGAGAAACCGCGAGAGGACGAGACGGCAGGUGGCCGAGGCGGAGAACCGAAUUCGUGCCGAGCAGACCAUCAUGCUUCAGCCGGAAGCCAGGCACGGGGAGGAAAGGCGACGGCGCAGCAGCGAGUCGCAUCACCGGCGCCCCAACGAAUCUGCAGACUCGAGACGCCGACCCAUCGAGCACCAAUCAUCCAUCAGAUCACUGAUCAGCACCGACUCUGGUUCGCUCGACAUUGACAGAGAAAUCGAAGAAUUCGCGCGGCAGAUCCAGGAGGAGGGCCUGUUAGAUGGGCUUGACUUGGAAAACAUUGACCUCACCAACAAUGACGAGCUCAGUCGCAAGAUUACAGAAGCAUACCGUAGACGACAACGGGAAAGGGCCCAGCGGAAUCGCACUGAGAGGAGGAGUGAAGCUUCGCGCUCGUCGGGGCCGAGAGCAUCGCGAACACAAACGACUGAGUCGUCAAGCCGGUCGCGACGACGGUCACUUUCCCUCUCAGCACCGCAGGCUGCAUCAAAUCCGCAUAGUCGCUCAACUAGUGCCACCAGCCAAUCCGAGGAACGUAGUAGACCUCCGGUGACCAAUUCACCCCACCUAGAGGUGCAAGCCAACUCGCGCCGUCGGCGACAAUCCACUAGUAGAACACGAAGUUCGACAACUCCUUUACCUUCCAGUUCGGCACACGCCCAAGCACAACAACCUGUACAACAGCUUCCCAGCAGACCAGCAGCCCGCUCGCAGACUGAUAUUGGCUACUCAAGACCUGCAGAAGCAACCCGACCGGCCAUUGCAGAGUCUAGAAGCUCUAGCUCUCCAACCAUGUCGACGGGUACAGCUCAGGCCGAACAGGCGAGCAACGUACUCCCAUUUAGUGCUAGAGUCGCCGGGACGCCGCCUGCGGUGAACCCAUCUUCUUUUGAGAACAAUGCCGGUCGUGGAAGGCGGGUCGGGCGGCCGUUGGAUAUUGGUGUUGGCCCAGUACUAAGCCAUAUAGCUUCGGAUUCUCCACCAGCUCUGUCUCCCAACCCUGAUAGCUCAAAGUCCCGGAAGACUCAGCAGGCUUACGACGAGCCCAAUAUUUCAUGCUCCGCAUGCACCAAGCAGCAUAUAGAGUACGAAGUGCACUACAACUGCGAUAUUUGUGACGAUGGCAACUACAAACUUUGUUUGAGGUGUUAUCGCAAAGGCAAAGGCUGUCACCACUGGUUUGGGUUUGGCACAUUCGGCAUUCACAAGUGGAAAUGGUAUCGAGAAAUCGAGGGAAGCUCAUUCCCCGAGCCCCAUGUGCUCACGGCAAACAGAUACCUUCCACCAGAACCGUCAAAUAGCAACAAUCCUGCUGAGAGGCUUCAAAGAGGCGCAUUCUGCUCCCGUUGCUUGGCAUGGGCGAAUGACUGCUACUGGACCUGUGGGAUAUGCAACGAUGGCGAUUGGGGUUUCUGCAAUGAGUGUGUGAAUCAGGGUCGCUCGUGUGCACAUCCUCUCGUGCCAGUCGCACGUUUUCCUCAGAUCAGCAACGGAGAGCAGUCUGAUUCACAGCCGCCCUCGGCCUCUUCUGCGCAAACGCCUAUCCCGACACCCCCCAUGAGCCCGACUGUCAAUUCGUCAUUGCACCCUGGCGCGGGUCAUUCGCGGCGGACAAGCAGCAUCAGUAGCGUUCUUAGCGGACCGACGUCCAAGUUUCUCAAAUUUACAACCACAUGUGACGUCUGCCGUUGCGAGAUUCCCCCCGCGCAGAGUCGCUUUCACUGCUACUAUUGCACAAGCUCGCUGGUGCCCGACUCUAAGCCUGGCGACUAUGACAUCUGCGAGUCCUGCUACGCUGGCGAUAGGCGACAAGCCGUCAGCUCUGAGAAUGGUGCUGCUGGCUGGCGCCGGUGUCCGCAAGCUGGUCACAGGAUGGUCGUUGUUGGUUUCCGAGAGGCCAAACCUGGCAGGUGGUAUCGCCUGAUCCUGCGGGAUCUCGUGGGUGGCAGAAAGCUCAAGGUGAAUCUUGUGGAAGGAUUCCCGCAGCUGCAACGUUGGUCUUGGGUUUCUGAGGACGGACGUGCCAUGGAGAGGUUAGUCACCGUCGACGUGCGCGAGCGCGCAAUUAUGGGGCCCGAAAUGGAAAAGUUACCCGCAUCUGCCGCUGCGGCUGCAGACACGACAGUAUUCCCGCCAGACGGGGGUACGGGCUGGAGGAGGCAGGCCAGGUGGGCGUGGUAUCCCGAACCCGACGCGCGGGAUGAGCUAAUGUUCCCCAAGGGGGCCGAAAUACGUGAAAUCAAUGACGAGAACCCGCAGUGGUUUUCGGGCACAUAUAUGGGGGAACGGGGUGUCUUCCCCGCAAACUACAUGUAUCAGACGGAGACAGAACCGGGCAGCUGAGUUGAAAGAGCCAACGUGGUCACCAGAAGGUGGUCUCCGUGCCGAAGCUUGUCAUUUGAUCAGGUUCAACAUGGUCGUUUUUACAGUUGAUGAAUAUAGCAUAGCAUUGAGAACAUUUUGGAUAUUUCCCACAAGUGUUUUAGCCG